GCAGGAGGAGAAGGAGGGACGGAGGCGCCAGGCCUGGAUUCGCGGCCUGGAGCAGCCCCUUCCCGGGCCUGAGGAGCGCGGGGGCGGCUGCCAUGGGCAAGCGGGUGGCCCUGGUGCUCGCCGGCUGCGGCGUCUUCGAUGGCAGCGAGAUCCACGAGGCGUCGGCGGCGCUGGUGCACCUGAGCCGAGCCGGCGCCGAGGUGAAGAUAUUUGCCCCCAAUAUUGAGCAAAGAGAUGUAGUCAAUCACCUAAAAGGAAGUCCAGCAGAAGAGAAGAGAAAUGUGUUAGUUGAAAGUGCCAGAUUGGCAAGAGGAAACAUUCAGGAUUUGGCUGAACUGAAAGCUGCUGACUUUGAUGCGGUUAUUUUCCCUGGUGGUUUUGGCGUAGCAAAGAACCUGUGUUCCUGGGCUGUAGAUGGCAAGAACUGUACUGUCAACGAGCAGGUCAGCUCCACGCUCCAAGCUUUCCACAGUGCUAAAAAGCCCAUUGGUUUGUGCUGUAUAUCACCAGUUCUGGCAGCUAAAGUCUUUCCUGGUUGUGAGGUUACGGUUGGCCAAGAUAAAAAUGUGGAUGGAAGGUAAGAAGGAAAUGGAUGGAGAUGAUUUACAU